AUGGCCUUGUUUGGAAGCGGAGCGUUACUCGCCGACGCGUGCACGCACGGAAUUCCGAACAGUUUUGGGAAACUCGACGGAGGAGGAGGAGAGUUUGCCGGCGGGUGUUUUUUGAGCGGCGUGUUGACGUUCUAUGCGCUCGAUUGCUUCAUUCGUGCGAGAGUACGUGCGAAGAGUCUUGCUUCUGAAGAUGACGAUGGAGUCGCGAAGAGGAGGAGGAAAAGGAGAACUCGAGGAGGUCAAAAGGAGGAGGAGGAUGGCAGCGGCAAGAAUCAUCCUGGUCACACUCGAUGGCAGAACAUCGCGUCUGGAGGAUGGUUGAACUUAUUCGCGGAUGGGUUGCACAAUUUUACGGACGGCGUCGCGUUAGCGAUGUCUUUUAAAAAAGGAGGACGAAAAGCCGGCCUGGCGACCGCGACGGCGUUGGCGACGCACGAGCUCCCGCAAGAGAUUGGCGAUUACGGCGUGUUAAUAAACUGUGGGUUUUCGCAUGGACACGCGUUAGGGUUUAACUUUUUAUCCGCGACGCUCUCGAUUGUAGGGACGGUGUUUGCUUGGCACGUCGGGAAGAUGAGCGAGAAGUGGGAGGUUGGAUUGGAGGCGUUUUGCGCAGCCGGGUUCGUGUUCGUGUCGAUAUCGCAAAUGGUGACCGUAUCGGUGGAAGAGGAGGAGGAGGAGGAGGAGGAGGGGAAGCACCGAGAUAAAGGUAACAAAAGGCCGUACGCGAGAGACAUGAUGAGUGUUCUAUUGGGCGUGCUCGUCGUGUAUCAAGUGCACGCCGUGUUCGGGUGUUGCGGAGGUCACGAGGAAGAGGGACAUCAUCAUCAUCAACAUCAUCAUCACGACGAACACUGA